CUCAUACUAAUAAAUGCAGUAUCUGAAAUUUUAUUGCUAGAAAAACAAGAAGACAUCACCUAUAGUUUCAAUAUUUCUAUAACGUAUUUUCCAGUCUCUUCUCUCAUCCCUCGUCGGAGAAAAUGGUUUCCGGUGCGGUUGCUCCACUCACUUCCAACCCUCCUGCUAGAGUCAGAAAUUUGAUUCAAGGGCUUGCUUCUGAAGAAACCCAAGAACAAUCACUUGAUGUGCUUUGCAAGAAUAGACUGGCUUAUGACAAUUUGGCAGUGCUGUUAUGGAAUUCUUUUGGUACUAUGAGUGUCCUUUUGAAGUGUGUAGCUUCUCACCCUAAUACAAGGAUUCCUUUUAUCAGAGCUACAAUGCCAGUGUAUCUUUAUCCCUUCUUGAACACCAUGAGCAAUGAAAGGAGCUAUGAAUGUCUAAGGAUUACCAGCUUAGGUGUGAUCGGGUCCCUAGCAAAGGUAGAGGAUCCAGAAGUGAUAGAGUACCUGCUUUCAACUCAAAUAUUUCCUAGUUGCCUACGCUGCAUGGAGCUUGGCAAAACAUUGUCAAGAACAGUGUCCACAUUUAUAAUUUAUAGAAUUUUACUAAGUGAGAAAGGGCUCAAGUAUUGUUUCGUUCUUGCUGAACGAUAUCUCUCAGUAUCCCAAUGUUUGGGGAAAUUGGUUGAAAACCUUGGUGACGAUGAUGUAGAAAAUUUGCCUCACCUCCUCAAAAACAUCAUCGGAUGUUACCUCAGGCUCUCCGAAAACGAAAGGACAAGGCCACAAUUGUUAAGCUAUGUUCCAUGGAAGUUGUUGUAUCACAAAUAUGCUAACAUCGUUCGGAGUGAUCCAGAGGCUCUUGCUGACCUACGAAAAUUGGUUUGCAAUUUAAGGACCAGCAAGAGUUGUACAACCCAUUGUACCGACGAGCCACCGACUAGCAGCAACUCACCCGGGCCGACCAUUCCAUGAUGGUUACCUUUUUCAGACUGCGCAAGGCAGUGAGUGGGGAACAUACAAUAUACAAUAUCAUAAUUUCCCCACAUUAUUAUUUGUAUUUAUAUUUAGGAAAAAUAUUUAAAUAAAAGAUUAGCCCUCAAAUUGUAUGACAUGUUCUAAUUGGACCUGUACAUAUUUUUGGCUAAAAAGCUAUAGUUAAGUAGAAAUAAUAAUAUGUAGCUUGGCAUCCCGGCCAGAGUUUUAUUUCA